UGAUUUUUAAACAUGAUUUCAUCACAGUGGAGGUUUAGAAUUUACAAAAUAGUUACAUUUUUGUGACGCAAAUUGUAACAGAAAUAAGGAAAAUAAUAAAACCACGUAGCUACUGAAGCUAGCUAACAAACUCCUCGUGCUAGUUAGUUAUGUUAGCGUUUAGCACGUUCUGAUCCAUUAUAUCUGUAUCGUAAUAUUUUAGGUAAUCUUCGCAAACGUGCACUAGGAUGAUGGAUGCACUGUCGGUGGUGUGUCAGCUGCGGGAUCUGGCAUCGGAACCACAGAACCGAGAAGCGAUAGUCCAGGAUCAGGGCUGCCUGCCCGGGCUGGUUCUGUUCCUCGACCACCAGGAUCCAGAAGUGCUGUUUGCAACUUUGCAGACCCUGCGGUACUUGGCAGAAUUGACUCCAAACAUAACCACAAUGAAGAACGAACUGGGUAUGAUGGUGAGCUUGGAAAAUCUUAUUGAAAGAGACGGUCUGUCCGUUGACAUCACAAACUUGGCUAAAGAGGUUUAUAACAUUCUGAGAGAACCUGCUAAUCCUGCACCCCGCACACCAGAGAGGCAGAGGAGAAAAAAGCCACAGUUUUUUAUCAACUCCUCCAAUAAAAAAGCCAAGUCCGUCACGCUGCACAUCCAAGGCUUGGACAGCACACACCAGCGAAGCUUGUGUGAAGAUGCUCUCCUCAAGGUUAAAGGAGUUAUCAGCUUUACUUUCCAAAUGGCUUCCAAGAGAUGCACAGUUCGCAUUCGUUCGGACCUUCCCACUGAGAACCUGGCAACAGCAAUCGCUGCCACAAAGGUGCUCUCAGCCCAACAAGUGGUGAAGAAUGAGACAGGAGAAGAGGUUUACAUCCCUCUGAAUCCUGGCGGGGCAGAGGUACCACAGAAUUCAGCCCUCCCCGAUUAUCUCCCAGAAGAAGAAGAGAGUCCAGAGAGAGAAGUGGACAGAGCAAUUUCCAGAACAGCAGCCAAGGAAGAUUCCAGCGGCAGCUGGCUGAACGCUGCUGCAAGUUUCCUUUCAAAGUCUUUCUACUGGUGAAGCUGCGGAUUCGUUUUUAGCUGCUCCUCGUUGCUGGAAGAAACAUGACGUGUAGUCAUGUCGACACUUCAUUGAAGUCCCACUCCAAUCAUCUUUUGAUCCAUUUUAAGUGUUCUCUGUGGUCUUUUAAAUAGGCUGUUUUUAGCUUAAAAAAAAAAAAAA